AUGCUCAGCGCGCUGGCCAGCCUCCCGGGAACGGUGGUGCUCUUGCUGCUGGGCUAUACCGUCCAUGCCUGGGGCUUCCUGUCGCAGGUCCUCCUCACGGUGCUGCCCCAUUCGGCCGAGUCGGUCCUGGCCGCCAUAGUGCCGGUGCUGCACCGGGCGCGCCAAGCGGCGGCCUUCCUCAUCAUGCCGGAUGUGCGCACUGCCCUCGGGCCGGAAAGGCUGCUCCUGGGGACGCUCUUUCCCCCGACGGCUCUGGUGCAGGCACCGGCGGCCGACCUGGCCCGGGUGAAGGGGCUGGGUUUUCGGCCGCAGCCCGGCGUGGCGGCCCUGGCCGACACCCUGCUGAUGGCCCUGCCCCUGGAGGAGGGGCCCGUGGUGGCGGUGGUGUGCACCGCGCAUCGGACCCCGCGAGCGCUGGUGGUCCACCUGGCCGAGCUGGUCGGGGCCAUUGGCGGCCGGCGCCCGCCGCGGCUCUUCCUCCUGGAGCUGGACCCCCUGUCGACGGCGGUCACCGGGUACCUGCUGGCGCGGCUGGGCCUGGCCGGGCGGGUGGUGGUGCUGACCGGGCCGUUGGAGGGGUCGCUGUUGCGCAUGCAGGCCGAGCACGGGGUCAGCAGCAUCGACCUGCUCCUGCUGCCGGGCAUGUGUGAUGCCGCCCUGGCGGACAUGGAUGUGCUCUUUGCCCGGCCGGCUGGCGACUCGCCGGUGCACGACCUGGCCCUGUUGAAUGGGUGCGAGUGUGUGGCCUGCCAGCCGUGCGGGCGCUGUGCCGAUGUGGUGGGCCCGUCGCUGGCCCGCCUGAUUGGGCACUUCCCGCUGCUGGGGUUCCUCUGCCCGCACCGGGGCUCCCCCGGGCCCGGGGGGCAGGCCGCCGGCCGGCCGGGCGAGGCCAGUUCGGCGGACACCCGAACCUUUUCCAGGUAA